CCUCCACCAAUCCUCAGCUGCCGUCCCAAGCCUCCUAUUAGACAAUCAAGUGUAUGCUGGAGGGAGGGACCAGAGCGAGGGGACGAAGUUUAAUCAUUGAACUAAGCAGCCUGGAGGUAUUUAAUCUGUAGCACCUAGUUCCUGGAGGCCUCCAGCCUGACCGGGAGUGGGCAGCACUCCAGAGACACGGGAGUAAACACUGCACAGAAAUCUCUGCCCAUCUCAGGAGAAACCAAACUUGGAAAAAAUGUUUGCCGUACACUUGAUGGCAUUUUACUUCACCAAGCUGAAGGAGGAUCAGAUCAAGAAGGUGGACAGAUUCCUGUAUCACAUGCGGCUCUCCGAUGAGACCCUUUUGGACAUCAUGGCUCGGUUCCAGGCUGAAAUGCAGAAGGGCCUGGGGAAGGACACCAACCCCACAGCCUCCGUGAAGAUGCUGCCCACCUUUGUCAGGGCCAUUCCAGAUGGCUCAGAAAAAGGGGAGUUUCUUUCCCUGGAUCUUGGAGGGUCCAAGUUUCGAGUCUUGAAGGUGCAGGUCUCUGAAGAGGGGAAAAGAAACGUCCAGAUGGAGAGUCAGUUCUACCCAACACCCAAUGAAAUUAUCCGAGGAAACGGCUCAGAGCUGUUUGAAUACGUAGCUGACUGUCUGGCAGAUUUCAUGAAGACCAAAGGGUUGAAGCAUAAGAAAUUGCCCCUUGGCCUAACCUUUUCUUUUCCCUGCAGACAGACUAAACUGGAAGAGGGCAUCCUGAUUUCAUGGACCAAGAAGUUUAAGGCACGUGGAGUUCAAGACACCGAUGUGGUGGAUUGUCUGGCCAAAGCUAUAAAAAAACACAAGGACAUAGACGUGGACAUCCUGGCCUUGGUCAAUGACACCGUGGGGACCAUGAUGACGUGCGCCUAUGAUGAUCCCUACUGUGAAGUUGGUGUCAUCAUUGGCACUGGCACCAACGCGUGCUACAUGGAGGACAUGAGCAACAUUGACCUGGUGGAAGGCGACGAGGGCAGGAUGUGCAUCAACACGGAGUGGGGGGCCUUUGGGGACGACGGGGCUCUGGAAGACAUCCGCACCGAGUUCGACCGGGAGCUGGACCUUGGCUCUCUCAACCCUGGGAAGCAGCUGUUUGAGAAGAUGAUCAGCGGCCUGUACCUGGGUGAACUUGUCAGGAUCAUCUUGCUGAAGAUGGCCAAGGCAGGCCUCCUGUUUGGCGGCAAGAAAUCCUCUGCUCUCCACACUAAGGGCAAGAUUGAAACACGGCAUGUGGCUGCCAUGGAGAAGUAUAAAGAAGGCCUGGCCAAUACAAGAGAGAUCCUGACAGAUCUGGGCCUGGAGCCUUCGGAGGCCGACUGCAUCGCAGUUCAGCACGUCUGCACCAUCGUGUCCUUCCGUUCAGCCAAUCUCUGUGCAGCGGCCCUGGCAGCCAUCCUGACACGCCUCCGGGAGAACAAGAAGCUGGUGCGGCUCCGGACCACCGUGGGCAUGGAUGGCACGGUCUACAAGAUACAUCCUCAAUACCCAAAACGCCUGCACAAGGUGGUGAGGAAACUGGUUCCGAACUGUGAUGUCCGCUUCCUCUUGUCGGAGAGUGGAAGCACCAAGGGGGCUGCCAUGGUGACAGCGGUGGCCUCCCGUGUGCAGGCCCAACGGAAGCAGAUUGACAAGGUGCUGGCUUUGUUCCAGCUGACUCAAGAGCAACUUAAGGCUGUGCAGGGCAAGAUGCGGACUGAAUUCGAGUACGGGCUGAAAAGAGACACCCACCUGCUGGCCACGGUCAAGAUGCUGCCCACCUACGUUUGCGGGAUGCCGGAUGGUACAGAGAAAGGCAAGUUCCUUGCCCUGGAUCUGGGGGGAACCAACUUCCGGGUCCUCCUGGUAAAGAUCAGAAGCGGACGGAGGUCGGUGCGCAUGUACAACAAGAUCUUCGCCAUCCCCUUGGAGAUCAUGCAGGGCACCGGCGAGGAGCUGUUUGACCACAUUGUGCAGUGCAUCGCUGACUUCCUGGACUACAUGGGCCUCAAGGGAGCCCAGCUGCCCUUGGGCUUCACAUUCUCAUUUCCCUGCAGGCAGACGAGCAUUGACAAGGGAACACUCAUUGAGUGGACCAAAGGCUUCAAGGCCACUGACUGUGAAGGGGAAGAUGUGGUGGACAUGCUCAGGGAAGCCAUCAAGAGGAGAAAUGAGUUUGACCUGGACAUAGUUGCGAUCGUGAAUGACACAGUGGGGACCAUGAUGACCUGUGGACAUGAAGAUCCUAAUUGUGAGAUUGGCCUGAUUGCAGGAACAGGCAGCAACAUGUGCUACAUGGAGGAAAUGAAGAACAUCGAGCUGGUGGAAGGAGACGAAGGGAAGAUGUGCAUUAACACCGAGUGGGGAGGGUUUGGAGAUAAUGGCUGCAUAGAUGACAUCCGGACGCAAUAUGACGAGAAGGUGGAUGAGGGGUCUUUGAACCCUGGCAAACAGAGAUAUGAGAAAAUGACCAGCGGGAUGUACCUGGGGGAGAUUGUGCGGCAGAUCCUGAUUGACCUCACCAAGCACGGUCUCCUUUUCCGUGGGCAGAUUUCAGAGCGUCUCCGGACCAGGGGCAUCUUUGAAACCAAGUUCCUGUCCCAGAUUGAAAGCGAUCGGCUGGCCCUCCUCCAGGUCAGGAGGAUCCUGCAGCAGCUUGGCCUGGACAGCACGUGUGAGGACAGCAUUGUGGUGAAGGAGGUGUGCGGAGCUGUGUCCCGGCGGGCAGCCCAGCUCUAUGGUGCUGGCCUGGCAGCCAUCGUGGAGAAGAGGAGGGAAGACCAGGGGCUUGAGAACCUGAAGGUCACCGUGGGUGUGGAUGGCACCCUGUACAAGCUGCACCCUCACUUUUCUCGGAUAUUGCAGGAAACCGUGAAAGAACUAGCUCCUCGAUGUGAUGUGACACUCAUGCUGUCAGAAGAUGGGAGUGGAAAGGGAGCUGCUCUGAUCACUGCUGUGGCCAAGAGGUUACAGCAGGCACAGAAGGAGAAAUAGGGGCUCCCUCACGGUUGGGCCCCACAUGCCUUGGAUACUGACCAGCCUUUCCUCUGGCAGAUGAGUCGGUCAGGGACCAACAGGCAAGCUUCUAGCUGACUUCACAUUCUGGAUGACCGGAAGAGAACCCCGGGUUCUCGGGUACUCUUAGCAUUUUGUUACUCAGUGUUUUUUUCAAGGGCAUUAAAUGACACCUAUCAUUGGCAUAUUUGGGCCAAAGAUGGGCCAACUUGUACAAUCAAAACAAUUGGGCCCGAGAGAUCCCCUUUUAGCAAAUUUUUCAGUUGAGGCCCAAGCUGCUAGUUCUCUCUGGCUUUGGGUCCUGUGGCUGUUGGACUUGAAAUAUACAUGCAAUCUGCCCGUGAGGCCUGGCUGGCCGAGUCCCCCACUGGAAUGCUUCAGCCAUUGCUUAUAGUAGAUUGGGUCCUCACUUGUGGAUGCACACUUGAGAAGGAUAGGGUCUCAUGUAAUAAACUGGAAAUCUAAUCUAACUUGUCCUUAACUUGUCAUGUUGACUUCAAACAUGGAAAGAGAACAAAGACUUCGGAGUAUCAGCUCCAGGAUGAAGAAGGUUGAUUUCCAGGCAGCCCUGUAGGAAUCUUUUCAUGCUUAAAGUGAGUAAUGUCAGCAGCCUGUAGGAUUGUGCUUCUCCAUAUGCGUGUGUGUUGGGGAGGGUGCCAUUUGGGGCACCCGUUUUCAUUUUACAUGUGGUUCGUGUUGCUGCUGUUGAUAGUUGUUUAAAGGACUGCUAGGUGUAUGAAAUACAGUAAAUGAAUAAAGAAUGUUUGAUUUCCCAAGA